AUGCACAGGAUCUCGCGAGACAAGUCCCAGGGCCAAGUCCCAGCCCUGCCCGCCAGCCUCCCCCCGGACCAGCCCCCGAUGAGUAACAGCAGCAAUGUCGGUGCCUGUGAGGGCCAAGUCCUCUGUCCCGUUUGCCUGGAGGUGUUCCGCGACCCCGUCACCACGGCCUGCGGGCACAACUUCUGCAUGGCCUGCCUGCAGGGUUUCUGGGACCACCAGGCCACCCUGGGCGAGGCCCUCUACUGCCCCCAGUGCCGGGAGAGCUUCCCCUCCAGGCCGAACCUCUGCAAGAAUGUCAUCCUGGAGGAGAUGGUGACCUACCUCACGCAGGCCAAGGGCCAGAGCUCGGGGUCCUCGCAGGGCCCGGCGGGGCCCAGGGAUGUGCCGUGUGACUUCCGCGCCCCGAAGAAGGUCAAGUCAGUCCAGUCGUGCCCGCAGUGCACGGCGUCCCUGUGCGAGAAGCAGCUGCGCAGCCACUACGAGGACUGGGCCUCCCGGGACCACCGGCGGCUGGAGCCCGCGUGGGACCCCCAGAGCCACCUGUGCCACAAGCACCGCCGGCUGCAGUGGCGCAUGGGGGGCUGCUGCGUGUGUGGGGCCUGCCUGCGGGAGAAGCACAAGACCUGCCACGCCAUCCCGCUGGAGGAGGGGCGCGCCCGCGGGGAGGUCGAGGUUAAGAAGAUCCAAGCCAACAUGGAGAACCAGAUGCUGGUGAUCACCUCCGACAGCCAGAAGCACCGGGGGCAGGUGGCCUUCCUCUUGAAACUGAUCCAGACGGCUCGCGACGAGGUGAACGCCUGCUUCUCGGAGAUCAGCCAAGAGGUCAAACAGCUGCAGGCGAAGGUCUUGGAUUUUGUGGAGAAAGAGGAGGCGGCCGCCCUGGAGAAGCUGGGCAGCUCUAUCCAGCAAAGCCACGACCGGCUGCUGAAGCUGGAGAGGGACAGCAUCUGGCUUCGCACGCUGCUCACCAGCCCGAGUGACCAGCAGUUCCUGCAGGAGUUCCCCAGGCUGAAGCACUUCCCGGCCUGCACGGAAUCCCUGAUGGGCACCAACUGUGACAAGAAGCAGAGCUUCCUCCAGCCGCCAGAGACCCUGGCAGAGCUCAGGACCCGGCUGCGGGACGUUGGUCUAAGCUUCAUCAAUCAGCUCCUCCUGAAGGGCAUUAAGAUGAACUCCUAUGAGGUGCUGCCCCCAGUUAUGGACAGGAAAACACUUCUCCAGUAUUACCGCAACCUGAACUUCGACCCCGCCACGGCCAGCGAGGAUCUGUUCGUCUUCAAGGAGACGCACUCGGCGCUGAACCUGGGCAUCCUCCUGGAGCCCCUGGCCUCGGGCGGCCCCUUCCCCGGCUUCAAGCAGUGGCCGCAGGUGCUGUGCUCGCUCGGCCUGUCCGAGGGCCGCCACUACUGGGAGGCCGAGGUGUCCAACUCGUGGGUGUGCCUGGGCGUCACGUACCGCCGCAGCCCGCCGCUCAGCGGCCGCCGGCGCCGCAGCAUCUCCUACCUGCUGGGCCGCAACCCCUACUCGUGGUGCCUGGAGUGGGACUCGCUCAAGUUCUCCGUGUGGCACAACAACACGCAGACGGUGCUGCUCGGCGGAUACCACCGCACGCUCGGCGUGGCGCUCGACUGCGCCGCGGGCUGCCUGUCCUUCUACGGCGUGGCGGGCGGCGUGAGCCUCAUCUACCGCUUCCUCGACGCCUUCCUGGAGCCGCUCUACCCCGCCGUCAUGGUCAGCAGCGGCGCCUCGGUCAUGCUCAAGCAGCGCCCCGAGGCAUAG